GUGUAGCCAAUUUAAUUCAGUUUGGCAAAACAAGAAUCGAAAGUUGUCUUAACCAAGCUUUUAGGCAGCACACUUCUAGAUACCGUAUGUUUUUUGGCAAAACAGGAAUUACCGUUCAUUUUGAAGGGGAUGACUCUGACAAUAGAGGAAAUUACAGGAAAUUGUUAAGAUUCCAAAAAAAAUCAAACAUUUUCCAAACAUCUAAAAACGUCGACUGUUUUUUCGGACGGCUUGGAUUAGUCAUAGCAUAAGACGAUGA